AUGGCGCUUUCAUAUCCCGAGGGAGAAUGCUUCUUCAAGCGUUCGGCGCUACGAUCUGCCACGUAUGAUGCAGACAAACCGGAGCAUUUCUACAGCCAUAUGUUGGUGGAAUACAUCUGGAACCGGCCAGCCUUUCAGGGCAGUGACAGCGAAUAUGCCAGUGAUGUUCACUUUCACCCUCGGUCCCCAUACCGGGUGGUCAAGGGCGACCUGUGGAGUACCCAGUACGGGAACUGGGCCAACAUCUUCUUCCUGUACGGCACAAAGCCACACAGUGACCGAUAUCGACAGGUCGGGCACAAUCUGUGUGUCAACGGCAAUCGCUUCCGAGAUCAAGAGAAAGGGGCCGCCCUGGAAUCCUGGUUUAUGGUCAUCCCAAUGCCGUUGUUGGCCAAGGGCGAAGAGUGGCUUCUGAUUGAUCGGACGGCGUGCAUCCGGGGCAUUUACAUCCCUGUUGCGCACCAGGCGUCCGAGGAUUUCCCGGAGGUGUGCACCUUCCUCCAAGUCAACUUUGCCAUCAACCGGGAGGUCAGCAUCCUGACCCAGCCGGAGAUUUGGGCCUUCGAUUGCAAUGGCUGGGUGGUGGUGGAUCGCGUCGAGACCGUCACGCUCGACUCGACCCUCGGCCUGGCGUCCGAUGCCAAGUGGACCAUGGCCAUCAACAUCCGCCAGCUGGUCAACUUGCUUUCUCUACCGCGGCCGCUCAGAAUCCAUAAUUGCUUUUCCUCUCACUGUAUCCGCUUCGUGGACCGCAAGUUGACGCCGACGAAAGGCCCCGCGCAGAUGUUUUCCGACUCGGCUGACCUGAGCUGGACGGCGGUGGCCAGUGCCAACUACGGACUCACUAUUCAAUGGAAGCCCCCUGAGGCAACCACCUGGCUGGCAGGAUUUCUCAAAAACACUCUCACCAUCGCGGUGGGAUUCAUCCCAGUGGUCGGCCCGCUUGCUGCCGUUGCUUUUCCACUGACGUGGACGGCGAUCGUGGACCCUGGGCGUUUCGAGGGUACCCUGAGGGAGCUUAUUCCCGUCGCUGACCUGGCCAUGAAAGUGGGCGAGAAUAUUCAAAGAAGCGCAAAGGAACAAGAGGCGUACGUGGUCAAGGGGUGG